AUGGUUCAAGACAAACGAGCAGAAGACGAUACCCUCCCACUGAAGUUUAGCAAUCCAGCUUGGAGUGAACCCCUUCACGGCUGGAAGAAUGCUUGCGAAGAGUGUGAACCUGAACCUGUCUCAUUAUUGAAAACAGAUAUUUCCAAAAAUUUCGUGCAAGUAGAAGUUCACGGUUGGUUCAACCAUUGCGACUUUGCUCGAUUGAAUGCGAAAAAGAACGUAGAAAACGCAAGAAUUGCUCUGAGAAACAAAGAACUUGGAAUUUACUUGAGCGAAGGAACGACUCAAAUCAAAAGUCCGCUAAAAGAACACUCGACUUUGAAGCAAGUGAUGAAUGCAAGUGCCGAUUCUGUUCUCAAGUUUGAUUUCCUAUCCAGCGUGAGUUUGGAAAAUCGACAAGUUCGCGUGAAUGAGUCAAAGUCUAUCGUUGUCAGUCAACCUAUCUGCGUAAAAACACUCCUUCCGCAAGCAAAGAAAAUAUCAGAAAUCUGGAAUGGCCUUUGUGAUGCGAUCCGCGAGCAAGGGACUUUUCUCAACAUGAAUCUUGGUUCCCUAAACCCUGAAAAUCUCCGCGCUAAACGUAGAAUUGAGUUUGCUGGAUUCUACACCAACGAGGAGAAACUUCCAAUUUGCCUGCCCGUAAUAAGAAAUGAAGACCGAUUGAUAGAUGAAAACUGGCUUCGAGAAAUUUGUUCAGCGAUGAGUAAACACAGUAAGCAUCAAAAUAUGCCGAAUCUUACUGGAAGAGAUGAAGAAGAGCACACCUUUCAAAUUCCUAGAAAUCCUAAUCUUGAUGUUCUUAUCAACGUCCAUGAAAUUUUGAAAACGCCGGACUUACCCAUCGUGAAAUUCACCAAACUUAGAUACGGAUACUAUCAUUACGGACAGCAAGCAAUGAACGAUACAGGCUGGGGAUGUGCUUAUAGAAGUCUUCAAACUUGUCAUUCGUGGUUCUAUCUCGCCAACAAGACGGACAAAAAGCCUCCAACUCACCAAGAGAUUCAAAAGACUCUCGUCAGACUCGGUGACAAGGAAAAAUCGUUCAUUAAUAGCAGAGAGUGGAUUGGAAGCUUUGAGGUGCAAAUGAUGCUCAACGAACUCGUCGGAUGCGACUCAAAAAUCAUCAACGUCGCCUCUGGCUCAGAAAUUGCUGAAAAGGUCCCAGAACUGAUCGAGCACUUCGAAACUGAAGGAACACCAAUUAUGAUUGGGGGCGGAGUUCUAGCACACACAAUCGUCGGAGUUGCUUAUGAUGAGCUUUCGGGUGCUUGCUCCUUUUUGAUUCUGGAUCCGCAUUACACAGGCCCUCAUCUUGGGAAAAAUAUUAAGGAUAAAGGCGUUUACUGGAAAGGACCUGAUUUCUGGAAGACCGACUCUUAUUAUAAUUUAUGCUUACCACUGUCCUAG